CGUGAGUCAGUUGACGUCUGCCGCCCGACCGAGGACCGCGUCGCGCGCAGGCGUACAAGAUGCUGAUAUUAAUACCGAUAACUUGUGUGUUUAUAACCUGUGUUGCCGCACAAACAGUGCAAGAUGGAUUGAAAGUGAACACUACAGAGGGGCCCGUCGUUGGUGUAAAAGCUACUGACGGUGACUACACAGCUUUUUACGGAAUCCCGUACGCUGGGUCCGUGUCUGGCGAAUUUCGGUAUAAAGCACCACGAAAACCUGAGCUUCGGAAUGCUGACUUCGAAGCGCGCGACGCCAACAUACUCUGUGCCCAGCCCACCAUCCACGGCCUGGCCGGGGUCGAAGACUGCCUCACGCUCAACAUCUUCACCAAAAACUUCACCACCCCCAAGCCGGUCCUAGUCUGGCUUGCUGGAGAAGACUAUUCCAACACCAACGACACACCUCGCUACUCCUUCAGAUCGCUUGUCGAAGCCGAUAUUGUAGUAGUAGCUAUCAAUUACAGGCUAUCCAUAUUCGGAUUCUUAUGCCUUGGGGUGGAAGAGGCUCCUGGUAAUGCUGGCUUGAAAGAUGUCGUCCGAGCGUUGGAAUGGAUUAAAGAUAAUGUGGUUGGUUUUGGCGGGAACCCGGCAAAUGUCAUGUUGUUUGGCCACGGAUCUGGAGCCGCCAUGGUAGACUUACUGACGCUCUCGACCCAGGCCCAAGGCUUGGUUCACAAAGCUGUAGCAAUCAGUGGGUCUGCGUUCUCCCCGUAUGCAGUUGCCUAUGACCCGAUUGGGUAUGCCAGGGCUUUAGGCGCCAAACUUGGUUACACUCACAAAAAGAACUCAGAACUAGCGAAGCACCUCCAAAAGGCCGCCAUAAAUGUCUUGGUAACUGAAAUUAACAAUUUCACAUUCACAAAUAACUCCGUGUUAUUUGCCCCAUGUGUGGAGAACACCCAGUUGGUGGGAUCAUUGCUGGUUGACGACCCUUCAAAUAUCAUCAAAGCAGGGAAACAUUUACAGAUACCGUUCAUAGCGGGUUACGUGGAUGUUGAAGGGACCAUACGCGCUGAACAAGCAGUCCAUGGUAACUGGUUGAAAAUGAUGUCAGAUGACUUCGUUCCUUUCCUCCCCGCAAAUUUGGCGUUCAAGGACAACACAACACAAAAAAAUGCAGCCAAAAAACUUCGUGAGUCUUACUUCGGCAGUAAAAAGGAACUGGACAAUGAAAACAUCAACGAUUUUUUGGCUUACGAAGGUGAUUCUUUAAUCACAAUUCCUGUAAUUAGGGGUGUGAGAGAGAGAGCUAAAGUGAAUUCGGAGGUUUGGAUGUUUGAGUUCAUAUACAAAGAUGUAAACUACGAUUGGCCUUACCCAACUAUUCGGUUGAAUGGUGUGCAGCAUGGUGCUGUACUCAGCUACAUUUUCGACUUAGAUACUAUUAAGCGACCCGACAAACCGAAGAAUGCUUUCACAAACCGCCUUGUUACAUUUGCAAAUACCGGACAACCAGAAGGGGAGAUUCUAUGGCCACCGUACACCAAUGAGGAUACCUGUUUGGCCAUAGGUGGAUACCGCGGCAGUUCAGAUCGCCUUGAAGAGUUCUUUGAGAACCCGGUCUCAAAACCCCAUGAUCAAUAUGUCAACUUUUGGGAAAAUUCUCUCAGUAAGUAUUACGCAAUAGCAUCAGCAGUAUCAUCAGAGGAUUCACGAACUACCACCAGUUCACCAGACAAGCAUACAGGAGAAGAGACCUCAAACCUAGGCCUCAUUUUAGGUUUGCUAGCCGCUUUUAUAAUACUCACUGGCGUUUCUAUUUUCGGGUGUAAACGCUACAAUGUCCUUGAUAAAAUCAGAUCGCAACCUAGGUUUUCAAGAGUGUUUUCAGCUAUCACGCAAAGAACAAGUAGAGAGCAAGAACCAAUGUAGAACUUGCGAAGGAGGCUGUAAAAUAAAGUCUAGUCUGGGAAGAUGUGAUCGCUAAAAGAUGUCAAAUUCAAAUUCAAAACGUUUAUUGUAUGUCACUGUAUCUCGUAUCUCAUUAGGGUAGAUAGUAAGUAAUGAAGCCAGCUCUGGUUUACAAAAUCAGUUCUUGGUUUUUCAACUGAAAAAAAAAUCCAGUUUUAAAAAUAUUUUAAAUUCCAGUUUGUCUUUAAUCCACCUUAAGUGGCCAACAUAGAUACAGUGGCCACUAAUGCCACUACCCUUUGUUUUUACCGUGUAGGGUACUUAUUGUUUAGUUCUUUGUUGUUAUUUAAUUAAUAUAACUGUCCUUUUUAAUGAGCGUACUAGCAGUGGUAAGUAUGUUGAUAGGUAGGCCUCUUACCUGUUUGAUUUACUACGUAAUACAAAGUGUGUUGUGAUUUUAA